AAAGAGGGAAAAAGAAUAAAAUUGGCCCAUAUAUAUAAAUAUCACCAUUACUCACUUGAAUGUCCGAACUAACUUGCUUUUGUGACCGAAGCUCACACAUCCCUACCCAUUUUUUCUCUCUCUCCUCUCUCUUUCUUUUCAUAAUUUUGUUCUUGCCUCACAUCAAAAACCCUUCUUCCUAGGAAAAAAAAACAAAGAAAAAUAAAAAUAUAUAAAAAAAAUGUCUUCUCCUAGCAAGCGCCGUGAGAUGGACUUGAUGAAACUGAUGAUGAGUGACUAUAAGGUGGAGAUGAUCAAUGAUGGCAUGCAAGAAUUUUAUGUCGAAUUUCAUGGACCCACUGACAGUCCUUAUCAGGGAGGUGCUUGGAAGAUAAGGGUGGAGCUUCCUGAUGCCUAUCCAUACAAGUCUCCAUCCAUUGGUUUUAUCAACAAGAUAUAUCACCCCAAUGUUGAUGAAAUGUCGGGGUCGGUUUGUUUGGAUGUUAUCAAUCAGACAUGGAGUCCUAUGUUUGAUUUAGUAAAUGUUUUUGAAGUGUUUUUGCCUCAGCUUCUGUUGUAUCCUAACCCAUCAGAUCCCUUGAAUGGGGAAGCUGCAGCCUUGAUGAUGCGUGAUAAAGCUGCUUACGAGCAGAGGGUGAAAGAAUAUUGUGAGAAAUAUGCCAAGCCCGAGGAUAUCGGUGCAGCACAGGAGGAUGAUAAAUCCAGUGAGGAGGAGCUGAGUGAGGAUGGUUAUGCUUCCAGUGAUGGUGAUGAUGAGGUGGCUGGCAAAGCUGACCCUUGAAGCGACACACUCAGGUUUAACAAUGUCCGCCUGUAAAUUUAUUUAAUCUAAAAAAGAAAAAGAAAAAUUGGAAAGUGGUUCUAAGAAGGGUUGGUUUCAUGGAAAAUAUAUCUGAACACUUCCCUUCUGUUUCUUUUAGCUCUUAUUGAUCUUCUGUAUAUUACUUUACUCAGACGUUUUAUGAAUCAUCGGAUGUUAUAUAUUCAUUCAUGACAUUGAUUAAGCAAUUUCCUUGAUUUUCCCCUCUAAAAGGGGAAAAUAAUAACACCUUUAUUUGGUCUGAUAAGGGCUAUUA